UGGUCAGCCUUCCCUUUUUUUGCUUCACAUCCAGAGAACCGCACCACCUGAUCGCCGGGCACCUGCACAGCUGUAUCCGACCUUUACGACCAGUCGAUUCACCCAUCACCGCUCCCAGCCCGCACCUUUUCCCAUAUCCACAAGCGACUCUUAUACCCAACCCUCUCUUCAACAACAAUCACAAACCCACAACAAACUUUCCUUUCGAACACCGCGACAACACAACCAACAACCAUGGCUUUGUCUUACAAGUCAUAUGAUUACUCGCCGCCGCGAUCAGCAAACUCCAGUCCACAGAAUGGAUACCUCACGCCGCUCACGCAGGACUCCAGCCCGCCGGCCAGAUACAGCAACAUCAAGCCCGUAAUCAUGGCCUCACUACCGGAUAUCCCGGACAACUUGACGCAGGAUCUGGUCGAUGCCGACCCGGCACUGAAACGCUUCCAGCAGGACCUCCUCGUGUUGACCUCCUUCAAAGACAAUGAGACGUUGCACUGGCGGCCCUCGUGGUUCCCACAGGGCGAGUUCGCGACCAAGUGGUGGGGACUGCAGAAUCCGCCAGACGUGGUUACCGAAUGGUUGCCCGCGCCGCUAUAUGGACCGCAGGUGUACACGAGGAGGAUGCGCAGACCGGGGGAUCCCGAGCCGUUGUAUAUCAAGACCUGGGAGCAGUGGAGGGAGUACUGCGGCGUCGCUGGUGUUCCGGAAGAUUUUUUGAAUCAAAGGAUGGUGGAGUUGUUGAGGUUGGGCUUGCCGCGUGAUGCUCGAGGUGUACACUGCGCUUCGGGGAAUGACUCCUGGUACCCGGAACCGAACCCGCAAGGCAGUACCUCCUACCUCUUGGACCCAUCUACCUACGGGCUUCUGCCCAAGAAGUUUUGGUGCAUUGACAAAGGCCAUGUUAUCGCGGUACACCCCUCGGGAGCCCUCCAUGUCGACCAUAUCGAUGCCUUCUGCCAUGACCGGAGACAGUGGACACGUCUUAACGGUCGAGGAGAGUAUGUGGCGGAUCAGCGGUAUGGCAGUCAUUUGCCUAUGGGGCCGAAGCUUGAGGGCAUGGCGAGGAAGUGGGCGUGGUUGCCUUGGACGAGAGAGCAGGAGGUGAGUUGCGAGCCGUUCAAGUUGAGGAUCAAAUUGAAGGGGGCGGCAAGUGGCUCGGACGGUGUGGGGAAUAGGAUCUAUGGGUCUGACGGUGAGGGGGAUGGCAGGGGCUGAGAUGAUGGGUUGGGGUGGGUG